AUGACAACGGCAUUGUCUCGUGUCCCCUCGCUCGGAGGCCCGAGUCCAUUCACACCUUUCACCUCCAUCUCCAGACAAGGUACUGAACGUCCGAGGACAGCGAGACCCGCUACAACCGCUACAAGCAUUGCCUUUCAGGACAUUGUUUGCGCGGUGAGUGAAUCUAGAGGUGUCUCAUCCACAGUUGGUCUGGCAUUCGUCAAUCUGUCAACCGCAGAGGUAGUCCUAUGCCAAAUCUGCGAUAGUCAAACCUAUGCCAAAACCGUGACGAAGAUCACCGUGUUUGAGCCAACGGAGAUUCUUUUCAUGGGCACUGCUAAAGAAUCUAAACUCUUCUACAUCAUCCAAGAGAACAUUCCGGAUACUACAUUUACUAUCCUCGAUCGUAGGUACUGGUCAGAGAAGCUUGGUCACGAAUAUGUGGACCGAUUAGCAUUUCCGCAAGACAUCGAAAUAAUCAAGACCGCCCUUGGAGGAAAUUACUUUGCAGCCUGCUGUUUCGCGGCUGUACUCAAGUAUGUCGAGCUUGAGCUUGACCAGACAUUCACGUCGCAUUCGCUACGAAUUAGAUUUGAACCAUCUCAGGGUUCCAUGUCAAUUGAUCUACCCACCAUAACUUCACUUGAGCUCAUUCAGAAUCUCCAGAACGCAAAAUCAAAGGAUAGCCUGUUUGGACUACUCAAUGAGACUCUGACCCCGAUGGGUGCUAGGCUUCUCAGAGCCAACAUUUUACAACCUUCAACAGAGGAAUCAAAAUUGCUAGCGCGAUAUGACGCCGUCGAGGAUCUCUCUACCAAAGAGGAUAUGUUCGUCUCGAUCAGACAAGCCCUUAAGGGGUUCAUUGAUGCAGAUAAAGUCUUGACGUCUGUCAGACAGCUUAUUCUUGUGCCCACAAAACACACAUUCCUAUACGUCGAGCAGUCAGUGAACAAUGUCAUUAUGCUGAAGACUUAUGUGUCAUCGAUCAGGUCGGUAUAUAAGGCACUUACCGCGGCUCAAAGUAGUCUCUUGAUGACCGUAAGAGAGGUAAUAGUGCACUCAACUGUAGCUCCUGUCGAAGAGCUGAUUGAGCAGACGCUGAAUGAGCAUGUAACGUACCAAAGCAAGCCUCUUGACCUCAGGAACCAACGUAUUUACUGUGUCAGGGCCGGUGUCAACAGCCUCCUCGAUGUUGCAAGGCAGACGUACAAAGAAGCCAAUGUGGAUGCGGCAGAUCUUGUGUCAAAACUCUCUGAAUCGCAUAAUCUCGAUCUAGACCUCAGGUUCGAUUCUGCUCGCCAAUACUAUAUCGGUAUCCCUAUCACAGAGAUGGAGUCACUACCUGAGGUUUUCAUCAACGUCUAUCGCAAGAAGAACCGCAUAGAGUGCCAGACUCUUGAUCUCGUCAAACUGAAUCAAAAGAUCAUAGAUGCGCAUAAUGAAGUAAUUAGCAUGAGCGACCAAACCAUUCAAAGCCUCAUCAAUGAGGUAUGUAAGGAGAUCUCAGGUCUUUUCCGGGUGAGCGAAGCUAUUGCCAUGCUGGACAUGCUAGCUGCCUUUGCCCAACUGGCCACCUGCAGCGAGUAUAUAAGACCUGAACUGACGGAUGUGCUUGCCAUCAAAUCCGGACGACACCCCAUACGGGAGAAAAUCCAUACAAGAAAGUUCAUUCCUAACGAUGCUUAUGCAACCAAACAGUCUCGAUUCCAGAUUAUCACUGGCUCCAAUAUGAGUGGCAAAUCAACUUACAUUCGUUCCUUGGCUUUGAUGACCAUCAUGUCGCAGAUUGGCUGUUUCAUCCCUGCUGAAUAUGCGUCUUUCACCGUGAUUCACCAGCUCUUUGCCCGUGUCUCAACCUCGGAUGACCUAGAAGCCAAUGUAUCGACCUUUGCUGCUGAGAUGCGAGAAAUGGCAUGUAUUCUUCGUAACAUCGAGCCCCGGAGUAUGGUCAUCGUGGACGAGCUUGGCCGAGGCACCAGUACCACAGACGGACUCGCCAUCACCAUUGCAAUCGCCGAAUCACCUGUGGAGAGCCAUGCCCUUGUAUGGUUUGUCACGCAUUUCCGUGACCUAGCCUUGAUCAUGGCUGAGCGCAGCGGCGUGGUGAGCCUCCAUCUCGCCGCCGAGAUCUCACCGGACGCCUCUCAGAUGGUCAUGCUGUACAAGAUUGCAGAGGGUCCGGACACAACUCAAUUCUACGGUCUCGCCGUUGCAAGGCUCGUGGACCUACCGCCUGGUGUCCUAGAAACUGCUCAGCGGGUAUCCGAGAACCUGAAUGAGCUUGCCAAACGCCGGCACAGCAAGUCUAGAACGCAGAUGUUGUCACGCAAGCGAAAUUUAAUGCUUGCACUGAGGGAACAGCUAAUCCAUGCACGGGAUGGGACGCUGGAAGGCGAAGAACUCAGAAAAUGGCUGAAAAGACUGCAGGAUACUUUCGCUCUGCGUAUGGCGAGCCUCGAGGAAGAGACUGCUGCUAUCAGUGACGAUGAGAUUGAUAUGGAAGAAGCCGAUGAACUACAACAGAAAGCUUUAGCGCCUUCUAGAGAGACCAGUGCAGAUGCUUUUGUUAAUCGAUCGCAAGCUAGUCUUGUUGCCUCAUCUCCUCCGGAAGCCUCAAUGGACUCCUCGUCAUCCGAGGUUGCUGUGAUGGGUACAGAACAGGAGAAUGACUUCGAACAUGAAUGA